ACAAAAAGAAAGAGAGAGAGAGAGGGGCUGCAGUGCAAUGAGUGUGAAGAGAAGGAAGGUAGUCGGAGUGCGUGAGCGCGAGAAAUGCGUAUGUGAGGGACACACGGUAGCUUCUCGUAGCAAAGACAGUCGCUGCCCCGCCGCAAGGCUGCUCGCAUCGUGCCGGAAGAAGAGUCCGCCCACACAUCCCCUACGUGCGUGCCCCUUUUUUGCGUCGCGUGUGCCCCCUCUUCUUCCGCAUUCGAAUAUCGAUUUACAUCGUGUGAUCGCGUUGAAAAAAAAUGUGUGCCUUCUUUAUUCGUUUUUUUUAUACAAGACCAGUGUUCCUGUUGCGUGCCUCCGUGAACGAACGAACGAUUUAACGUGAAGAUAAUAGCUUGAUGCUUAUACUGGAGUAGGUGAAAGGAAAAACAAGACAAACAUCACGAAAGAAUAUAGCGGGGGUCGUUGAUCCAAGAAGAACACGCCUGGGGACACAGUCCUUUAGCGCACCUGUCGCCCGACUAUAUGUACCGAACGUAUCGAUUCGGCGAGAACCGAGACGAAACAGCAGAGCGAUUGUGAAAAUAGAAGAUCGACCCGGAUGUUCAUUUAAUUCCGUCUCACGCGGAACGACGCGCCAUAAAUCCAUGUCAUACGACAGGAUAGAGGAAAGGGAAUUCUUUUGAUUUAUUCGAUAUUUGAUGAUCCAAUUUCGUCGUCGACGGACGAAAGAGUGCGUGCCGAUAAACAUGAGUGGUUGAACAUUAAUCGCUUGAAUCCACGAACGAGAGAACUUUUCGGGGGAAAAGUGCCGCGGAAUACAUAUCCUAGGACUCUUGGAUCCUCGCCAUCAGAGAUCUCGCAUAUUUUAGCUCCGUGCACUGUGCUUCGCCGUGGUGAGAUUUAAGUGGUGGGUGAUGAUAAGUGACCCACCCCCGUUUCGAAUGAAGUGGUUUUAGGAUGAUGGUGGAGCGCGUCGAGGAUCACCUCUUCAUGUAUCGACGCCCCGUCUACCGCGUCUUCCAGUACCUCGAAACCACCGACCAUGAGGGGAUGAGCACUGGAGCAGGAGAUGGAGGUGGAGGCGGAGGUGUCGGAGGUGUCCAGAGCAGUGGUGGUGGUAGGAAUACACCACCGCACGGCUCGCCCACCCCCAUGGAUAAGGCGACCUUAAAAGUUCAUCUUCCUAACGGUGGCUUCAAUGUCGUCAAAUUUGGCGAUGCGAUCGACGUUAAAGGUAUCAUUUCUCUGGUGACUAGUCGAUUAGCCGUUGGUACCAGACACUACCGGAAUCUGUACGCGAUGAGGCUGCACCAUCCCGGAUCCGGAGAGAGUUAUUGGUUACAUCAGGAUAUAACGAUGUAUCAGGUGCAAGAGAAGUACGAACGAAAGCAUCCGCACUGCGAAUGGAGGUACGAGCUUCGAGUGCGUUAUCUUCCUCAGAAUCUGAAUGAUCUUUACGAGAAAGACAAAGUCACGUUUUACUACUAUUACGAUCAGGUGCGAAACGAUUACUUGCUCGCGAAUCACGCCGCUCUGGAUCAGGACGUCGCGGUUCUGCCGCAAAUUGCUCUAGACAAGAAGAGCAAUCUCGAAUACCUGGAGCGUGAGGUCGGUCUGCACAAAUUUUUACCACGUUCCGUACUGAACGGGAUGAAGGCGAAGGCACUCCGAAAAUUGAUACAGCAACACUUUAAGAAAGUCGCGGCGUUGUCCGAACUCGAGUGCAUGUUUAAAUUCUUCGAUCUGCUACGGGCGUACUAUCGAUUCGAUCAGGAAAGAUUUAUAUGCGCUUUAGGGUCAAGCUGGUCGAUACCCGUGGAACUAGUCAUUGGACCGGACUUAGGUAUAUCGUACAUGGCCCAUCGAGGAGGGACAGUUCCGACUAGGAUGGCAGAAUUCUCGCAAAUACAAUCCAUCCAAACGUUAGUAUCGGAUUGUAAAACACAUGCAAAGGCCUGCAUAAAAUUAAGAGUCGCGGGUGCCGCGGAAACUCUCAGCAUCACUUGCUCCAGUCUGGAUCAAGCAGAGAGUCUCGCAGAUUUGAUUGACGGAUAUUGUAGAUUGGCUACAGGCAGCAACACUUCAUUGUGGAAUAGAAAAGCUGGAUCGUGGAAGAAUUAUCCCUGUCCAUGCAAAGAUGCGCAACCGCCAAAAUAUAGACAAGAUGGUGGUGCCAGUAGUCCGGCCGGCGAGAAGAAUACAGGUAAAACUGGAACCAUUUUAUCCGAAGAUUAUGCGGAGAUUGUCGACGAAGAAGGAGAUUAUUCGACACCAGCUACUCGAGACUAUGAAAUAGUCCGAAACCAAGUGGAACUAGGUGAAAUUAUAGGGGAGGGUCAAUUCGGUAACGUCCAUAAAGGAUCGUACAAGGGAAGGGACGGUCAAACCAUCGCCGUUGCCGUCAAGACCUGCAAGGUCGACGCGGAUCACGCUACUUCCGAGAAAUUUCUCGAAGAAGCUUAUAUUAUGCAGCAGUUUGAGCAUCCGCACAUUAUCAGACUGAUCGGAGUCUGUUCGGAGGCGCCGAUUUGGCUCGUAAUGGAAUUAGCUAGACUCGGAGAAAUGCGUGCCUAUUUACAAUCUAAUAAACACCGUUUAGACCUUGCCACACUUCUAUUGUAUACUUUCCAAUUGAGCACUGCCCUGUCAUACCUUGAAAGCAAGAAAUUCGUGCACAGAGAUAUCGCUGCGAGAAACGUGCUAGUUUCGUCGCAUAGUUGUGUUAAAUUGGCGGAUUUCGGCCUCAGUAGGUGGGUGGAAGAUCAGAGUUAUUAUACUGCAAGCAAGUGUAAACUGCCAAUUAAGUGGAUGGCACCGGAAAGCAUAAACUUUCGAAGAUUUACGACCUCGUCCGAUGUUUGGAUGUUCGGUGUAUGUAUGUGGGAGAUUUUAAUGUUAGGCGUCAAACCAUUCCAAGGGGUAAAGAAUAAUGAAGUGAUACGCAAGCUGGAGAAUGGAGAACGCCUCGCGCUUCCCAAUCACUGCCCGCCACGAUUGUACUCCUUGAUGUCUCAAUGUUGGAGUUACGAACCCAGCAAGAGACCGACCUUUAAAGAGAUUAGAGAAACUUUACACGAGAUCUUGAUGGAAGAGAAACAUCAGCAACAGGAAACAAUGAGACGAGAGAACAGAAGAGUACAAGCUAUGUCCUGGGGUGCAGACGAUGUGCCGCCACCAAAACCCUCUCGACAACCGCAAAACACGACGGAGCAGUCGCAAUUGUCCGCAGCGCCGGUGUCCACAUACAUCGUGGCGCAGAGUCCCGAGGUUCUCGCGCAGCUUCUCAAGGACAACCAAGCCAGAGGGGUAUGUCCCUCCGUGUACACGACUCCCGCAUCCCCCUUCAACACCCUGGCGGUGCAGUUUCAGGAUGAGGAUCAAAUUCUGACUACCUCUCUCGUGUCUGAUCUGCCCUUCUUCGAUCCCGCGCUCUCCGAACCACCGUCCAUCGUCACGCACGACACUACUCAAUCGGGCGGCGACUCUACCCUGUCAGACACUAACCUAGAUUCCCUUGAUUCCUCCCUCGAUAAUACUCCUCUCAUGUCGAGCCUGAGCCUUUCAGACACGGCAACGCAGACGCAGUCGCCCGCCGCCAACCGAAAGCAGCAGAAGGUUAAAGAGAUGCAAAACUUGUAUGCGGUUAGCUCGAAGGUGGUCGGUAGCGUCACGGGGGAUCUGUACUCCCCCGUGCAGAAAUUCGCCGUGUCCAGCGCGACGCCGCCGCCGCCAUUCGCGGCCGCAUCAGCCGCGGUCGCGGGCAACACCUGCGGCGAGAUAUACGGACCGGUCGCUAGUUUCACCCAGAGUUCGGCUAUCGUUGGUAAUCUCAGUCAGAGCGCUAGCAUAGUAGGUGGUAAUUACGGUGAGAAUCCCGGGAACUUUGGUCCCAGUAGUUUGGGCAGCAGUGUUAUGAUACCGAAUAGUAGUAGUCAGGCGCAAUUCGUCACGCAUGCCCAGCCGAUUAAUUAUGGUAAUUUCGCGCCUAAUAAUAAUAUAAACCAAGUAUUUGGUGGUGGUGGCGGCGGUCAGUCUACGAAUCCAAAUGCGAGCGGCGUGCAGAGUGUUGGUAGUAGCGGUGGUGAUGGUGGUAGUAGCGUUGUUGUUUAUCCUCGUAAUAUUAGCUCGACGAAUGUAACUGCUGGUUCGAACACGGAAUGUUUGUACGGUCCGGUUCUCAAGUUUCGCGCGCAGAACGUCCAGCCUCAGACAGCCGCGACCGAAUCGGCGAAGCCUGUCGGUGCGACAGGAAAUAAUUACGGUCAGGCUACAAGAAAUAAUCUGAUAGCGCAGAAUCUACAGUCGCAGCAGCCCAUAUAUCCGCAGAACUAUCCGCAUCAGCAGAUCUAUUCUAAUAUUGCUCAGCCAGGACAGCAGGCUAUGUAUCUGCCACAAAUGCAACACGUGCAAAAUAUUGCGCGGCAAAACGCUGUACCACAGGUUGUAUCAUAUGCAGCGAUACAACACACGAAUCAGCAAUCUCAUCAGUUGAGUGGCGCUAAUCCUAUUUACACGGCCCAUGCUACAUCCGUGUCGGUGGUUCAAGCGCAGAAGGUACACGUACCGAAUUAUAUCCAUCAAGCGCAGCCAUCAGCAGGGAUCAGCGGUCAGUCAACAACCUGUCAAGCAACAAAUCAGUCAGCAAAUAUUGGAAUAAUGCAAGCUUCCUCCGUUCCAUCGCAUUUUAUCGUAUCAUCUUCCGUGACUCAACAGAAUAUCCAUCCAAUUUCAUCUACGUAUGUGGUGGAACAACCGAGUUCCCUUGGCCCGAUAGAUCACACUCAAGUGCACGCUAUGCUUGUCGGCAAUAUAACGACGAUGAAUACGUGCGGUGUGCAACAAGUGGCGCAGCUAGGUCAAUCUGUUAGCGGCGUUGCAAAGGCGGCAAAUGUACCGCAAAUGGCGACAGGCGUCGCCAAGAUCACCACGUUCAUGACACCGCAAAAACAAGACGAACAAUUGACAAGCUCAACAGACGGCACUCUCUCCGGUUCUUUGAUCUCUUCCGCUGUCAGUGACAGCACCAUGUCAUCUAGCAGCUCGAUGACAGAGGAGGCACAACAAGAUCAGAGGAAUGCACAGUCGCAAUUGUUCGACAAUCUGACCGACAAUUUUAACAGUGGUGUUGACGAUGAACAAAAGUUAUUAGAGCAACGGUUGUUGGAGCAGCAACGACAGUCUGAAGAGGAUAGUCGCUGGCUCGCGAGAGAAGAGAAACGCUUAUCGAUUGCAACAAGUGGUGAUGAAAGUGCUAGUCCCCCAGUUCCACGAUCAGUUACUCAAUCACCAAGCCAUGAACCACAUUCCACCAAUACUGGUUCUCUUGGCUCAGACAAGGGUUCUGAUAAAGUAAUUGUAGUAAAGAAAAUGGAGCCUACACCUACUGCAGAUUUAGAUAGAACUAAUGAUAAAGUAUACGACUGUACAACAAGCGUCGUGCGUGCAGUUAUGUCAUUGUCACAAGGUGUUCAACAGAGCAAGGCUGAUCAGUAUUUAGAACUAGUACGUAGAGUAGGUAUCGAAUUAAGAGCAUUACUGUCCUCUGUAGAUGUUCUUGUAAAAAUAUUGCCAAUAUCCGCGCAUCGCGAAGUGGAAAUGGCGCAUAAGGUAUUAAGUAAAGAUAUGGCAGAACUCGUAACCGCUAUGAAACUGGCGCAAAAUUACAGUGCCACUACAUUAGACGCCGAAUAUCGGAAAGGAAUGCUUUCUGCAGCCCAUAUCUUAGCAAUGGACGCAAAGAACCUCUUAGAUGUGAUCGAUUCCAUCCGUAUUCGUUAUCCGUAUGUGGAUAAUCAGAUUUGCCAAAAGCAGAGCGAUGUUGUUAACAGGACGCGAGAAUCCACGCCCGAGAACCGUAUUCGCUCAAGCCAGUCCGGCGAACAAUUCUUAAGGAGAAGUCAGUCAAGUGAACGACAGGGAACGACCUUCAGACAAAGCCAAAGUGGUGACCUAUUGCAUAGAAUGGGCCAGUCUAUGGACCGAUCUUCACCAGGAAGUCAAUCCGAUCUCAAUUCCGGCAGCAGUUUAGAAAGAAGACAUAAUAUAGUAACUAACAGUCUUGAACGCAAUUCAACAGCAAGGAGACAAAUGGCCACUAAUAGUCUAGAAAGAAAGAGACCUUCAUUGACAUGUAACGCUGGGCCUAUGAAUAAUUCCGUUAAUUUGCCGCCUAUGGUGCCAGUCGCUUGCAAUUUAGUACAGACUGUUAAUCCUGUCAUACAUCCAAGUCAGUCGGUUACAGCAGGCGUUAAUCAACAGACGGUGUUUGCGACCAAUAGUAAAGCCACAAGUGAAACUCCGAUAAAUGACAGCUAACAACGAGGUGUCUUGAAUUGAAGUAAAUGGUGUGAAUGUGUGGCUUCCUCGUAAAAACAUAUGCGGAUUAUAAUUUUUUUAUAUAUCGAUUCCAGGACUACUUCGGAUUAUUGCUUAGUAUGUAUAUAAAGAUGACAUCCUCCUAUCAAGUUACCCGUGUAUUCAUCUACACGAAUAUUUCAGCGAUGGGAGAAAUAUAGUAUUUGUGCUUUUUAGCUCUUUUUAACAUUUAAAAAUAUGCAAGCAUUUUAUCUACGCGUACUUAUAGAUAGGACAGUAUUCAUUAGUUAUAAUAGGAUUAGUUAGUAGAAUAGUUUAUAGUUUAAUAGGGGAUUUAAGUAACAACUAUAUAAUGAAAUCACAACUCCAAAGCUUUAGGAUUAUCACAACUAUUUGUUAUGCGAUGACUGCAUAUAUGAGGUGAUGCAAAGUUAUGUUUUGUUGCAAAUAAAAAAACUAGGCAACCAUUUAUUAACACUAACAUUAUUAAAUGAGGAAAAGACCUCGAUUCAUUCACUAUUCGCAUUUAUUUAAAGCAUUGCAAGUUAUAUUCGUGAUUGAAAAAUUUGUCGAUUUUAUUUGUGUCAUCUCGUAAUCAAUUAGUAAUGUAUACAUACAUAAACGUAUUAUAGGGAUGUGUAUGUAUAUAUUUAUAAAUAUAUAUUUAAAAACGAACAAUAUCUUCUCUCUUCAACCAAUAUUGCGCGAGAAUAUAAUUUCUUGUAGGCCAUAAUCUUAUACAAUGUUGUUUUUAAUACAAGUUCGUAAUUUCAUAGUCUAUUUCCUUCCUAUAGGAAUACUAUGGGGAGUGAUUAUAAUGUAAAAAGAGGGACUGAAUGUUAUUUCUAUUAAAUAAUUAUUUAAUGAUUCAUACCAAUUUGCGACAUUUAUAUAUACGAAAUGUUUUAUAAAAGGCAAAAACCAUUUUUCAGCGACAAGUCAGUUCCUAUGAGAUAUUUUUAGGAAGUUACAUCUUUGCAUAUAAAAAUACCAUUAAUAGUUCAUCAAUGCAGUUUGCGGCGGCACUAUGUGCAUAUAUAUGUACGAUGUAUUUACAAAAUCCGAAUACUUUAUGGGUAUAAAAAAAGUAUUAUAUUUGUGCGCAUAUCUUUAUUGUGUUCCUGGGGAACUCAAUCUCAUCUGCAAGGAAUCUUAAUAUUCUGAAACAUAAUAAUCAUUGUAUUGUUACAUUUUACUCACGUAUUGUUACAAUUGGCAUGGAUGUGAAAUAUUCAUAAAAAAGUUUGUGAAUUUUGUAUCUUAAAUGGUAUGUGGCUUUUAAAGUUUAUGUGCCAAGACGUGCUUAUACGCUCGUAAGAGAAAGAAUAUAACGUUUGUGUGUUGUAUAUUUCUUGAUAAAGGAGUUGCUUCCCAGGAACUCAUAAUGAAUAUUUAUAAUUACUGAUGGCACUUUCCUGUAUUGCGAAAACAUAACAAACUGCUUUAAUUUAUAUUGAAAGCAUGUAUAACUGAUAUUCAUUAUACUUGGAAGUAGAACUAAUGUUAAUUAAAUCGCCAAUUUGAUCAACUACAUACAGAGCAAUGAUAUAUACACAUUUUUUUUACAGGAGCCUUUUUUAUCACUUUUCUUGCAAAUAUUAGAAUUGUUUAUUGUUAUGACAAUUAGUCUUUUACUCUCAAAAUGCAGUAUCAUAUAAGUCUUAAAUAUCUUUUUAAAUAGAUAUCGUAUCAAAGUAUUUGAUAUUAAGAUUUUUGUAGAAAUUGCAUUUUACAAAAAUCGAUAAAUUCCAUUUUCUAUAAUUUUUAUUUUAUAUAAAAUUUUUUUUAUAAUUUUUUUGUACUUUUCUAAGAUUUCUUUCAUUGUCAUUCAUAAGUAAAUUUAUUCUAUAUUUCAUGUAUCAUAUAUUUAUAUAAGUUUUAUUAUAUUUAACUCAUGACGAGAUUAUAUCUUAUUAUAUUUAAUUAUAAUUACUAAUAACGUUACAUAAUGAACGAAAAUUUUGAUUUAGCAAAAUUUUUCUAUAAUAAAGUGGCGAUUUUACAGUCAAUGGGAUAAUAUAUAAGAGUUAUUUGAUCACUGAAAUUAAUAAUCGUUAUCUAAUAUUACAUUCUCAUUACAUUAUGGUCUUUUGAUGAGAUACAAUAUAUACCGCCGAUAAUGUCUGUUAUAUUAAUGAAACAAAGGAUGAUAAAAAUAAAUCAUAUGUAAUCUCAUUUCAUCUUAAAAAUAUUUAUAAAUUGUGUAAAUGUAACUACAUGUAUCACACAUGAUCACAAGCAAAAUAAACUGCGCGUAUGAUUUUAA